UCUACACCCACAUCUGGUAAGGAGGUGUACAAUUGCAGGUGUCUCCGGGGUGGCUCCCAUGAGCACCUUUAAGCCGAGGGCUUACAGCCUCAGUGGUGAGCUCAGGGAUGUCUCAGAGACCGUUGCUUUACGAGAGGUUGGGAUUUCACCUUGUGUUUCUUGGCUCCCACCACACCAUUGCUGAGCAGACACCGAGGCUCGCCAAAGAGCAGGCCCAGAGACCAUCCCUGUGUGUGAUGGUCCACGAGGAACAGUUACAACACAGCCCGGGCGGCAGGAAAUAAAAACCGUGAAGGCCCUUGAAGAGAAAAAGAGAGGGGAGGACCUUUUAUAGUUACGGGAUGGAGAAGGCACUCUUGGGCAAGGUGUAAGAUACAAAAGACGCAAUGGGCAAGAUCUUGUGACCUGAAGAUACCGAACGUGAGUGCAACAUGAAAUAGCGCUGACAAAACUAAAAGGUGACCAGCAAGCGGUGAGAAUGACGGCAGCACACACACCAGAAAAAGUGACGUGACUCAGAACGGCCAGCACAGCAUGAAAGGAAAAGAACCAAGGCAGAGGACGGCCACUCCCCGACGUCAAGACUUGAUCAAGACAGUGUGGUUUUGGUGAAAGACAGACACCUGGGUCGAUGGGACAGAAAAGAGAGCCCAGAAAUAGACCCACACAGAUAGAACCAAUUCCUGCUACCAUCAUGCUAGUAGGAGAGAGUUGAGCAGCUCCAUACGGCAAACUCAUGCCCGGCGGGAAACCCCAGUGUGAGAACGUGAGAAAGAUGGUCAAACUUUUGUGGCCAGCGUGAUGCUCAGCCCCCCGGAGCCCCCGGCACCGGCGCCAAGAUGGACAUGAACAUGUCGCGUCCGGACAACGCCACCCUCCUGAUGCUGCGGGACCCGGCCAUCGCAGUGGUCCUGCCCGUGGUGUACUCGCUGGUGGCGCUGGUCAGCAUCCCCGGGAACCUGUUCUCCCUGUGGGUGCUGUGCCGGCACAUCGGCCCCAAGACGCCGUCGGUCAUCUUCAUGAUCAACCUGAGCGUCACGGACCUGAUGCUGGCCAGCGUGCUCCCGUUCCAGAUCUACUACCACUGCAACGGCAACCACUGGGUGUUCGGGGAGCUGCUGUGCAACGUGGUGACCGUGGCCUUCUACGCCAACAUGUACUCCUCCAUCCUCACCAUGACCUGCAUCAGCGUGGACCGCUUCCUGGGCGUCGUCUACCCGCUGGCCUCCGUGGCCUGGCGCCGCCGCCGCUACGCCGUGGCCGCCUGCGCCGGCACGUGGCUGCUGCUGCUGGCCGCCCUGUCCCCGCUGGCCCGCACUGACCUGACGUACACGGUGCACGCGCUCGGCAUCGUCACCUGCUUCGACGUGCUCAAGUCCACCAUGCUGCCCAGCGUGGCCACGUGGGCCGUCUUCCUCUUCACGCUGUUCAUCGUGCUCUUCCUCAUCCCCUUCGUGGUCACCGUGGCCUGCUACACGGCCACCAUCCUCACGCUGCUGCGGACGCCCGAGCACCCGGAGGGCCAGGGCCAGAGGCGGCGCGCCGUGGGGCUGGCCGCCGUGGUGCUGCUGGCCUUCGUCACCUGCUUCGCGCCCAACAACUUCGUGCUGCUCGUGCACAUGGUCAGCCGCCUGUUCCUGGGCCACAGCUAUUACCACGUGUACAAGCUCACGCUCUGCCUGAGCUGCCUGAACAACUGCCUGGACCCCUUCGUCUACUACUUCGCCUCGCACGAGUUCCAGCUGCGGCUGCGGGACUACCUGGGCUACGGGCCGCUGCCCGCCGACAGCCUGGACACCGCACGCCGGGACAGCCUCUUCUCCGCGCGGACGCUGUCGGCGCGCUCCGUGGCCAGUGCCCAAGCCGACGGGCCCGAGGCGGCCGGCCGGCCCUGCUUCCAGAGGCAGGAGAGCGUGUUCUGAGCCGGGCGCCUCUGGGGCAGCGGGCAGACGGCGGUGGACCCCAUCUUCCCCUCCAUCCUCCCCUCCAUCCCCCUGUCCACCCUCCCCUCCAUUCCCCGUCCAUCCCCUCCUCUAUCCUCCCCUCCAUCCUCCCCUCCAUCUCCCCGUCCAUCUCCCCUCCAUCCUCCUGUCCAUCCCCUCAUCCCCCCUCCAUCCCCCAUCCCCCCUCCAUCCUCCCGUCCAUCUCCCCUCCAUCCUCCCCUCCAUCCCCCGCCCAUCCCCCUCCAUCCUCCCCUCCAUCCUUCCUUCCUUCCAGCCCUCCUCCCUCCCUUCCUCCACCGCCGUCGCACAGGCCGCCCCCACUUUGUGGUCGAGUGGGUGACUGGCCAGCCCAGCUACGUCCUCCUGGGGCCCUCAACAUCCCAGUAGCCUGGCUGCCUGCCCACUCCCUGUGCUGGGGUGUGAGGGCCCCUCUGCUCCCCUAGCCUCAUGGAGCCCCCCAACCUCGUGGUCAAUUCGGCCUUGGUCACUCUGGGAGCUGGGAUUCAGCCAGAUGACCUUGGACAGGCACCUUCAGCCCCCACCAUCCUCCUGGGGUUCACAGGUCCCCCCCGACAUCACCUGGUCCCCCCAAGAGCCAAGCAAACAGGGGGGCUUCCAGAGCACUCGGUCACUCUGGGCCUUCGAGGGUCAGUUUCUACCUAAGUGUCCACAAGUGGGAACCCCCAGAGGGGAAGGAGAUUGGGCCAGGAGGUGUGGAUCAGGCCACCCUGACCGAGGGUCUCUGGGUGGGUGAGACAUUGCUAAGGACAAUGAGUGUUGAGGCUCCCUGACAUGUUUGGGGUACAGCUCGCCUUGGGGCCCCCUCCGGCCUGUUCUGUGGCUCCCCCAUCCCAGCUGAGAGCCCCAGGCCACGGCAAGUCCUCCUGGGCUCUGGGGUUGCUGCUGGGGUCGGAGCUGGCCUGACCGGUGAGAUCCUUUGGGGACCAGGCACUGACCAAACAGGCCACAGGAGGGCCCGCUGGCCUGGUCAGCACCCGGAUGCACCUGUGCAGCCCCCAUACGUGGGCUGCUUUGGGAAAAGGAGGGGCCCAGCCCCCAGGGCAUUCUUGGGAGGCACGUUCUUGGCAGGCUGGGAUUUGCCUGAAACAACGUUUCGGGAACUUUGUACGUCACAAGGAGACACACAGAAUUGGGUUCAGGGCUCCCUUGGAAGUGAAAACAGCCCUGCAGCGUAUAAGGUGAGACCUGCGAGGGGCCAGAGGGCGGGGUCUCUGGGACCUCCAGCUGGAGUGGCCGUGGGGCAGGACCCCCCCCCCCCACUGUGGGUCAGAAAUGAUGGUGGAGAUCAGGAGCUGAUGUUCUGGGGAUGCCUGGCCCGCCAUCACUGCUUUGGAAGUAGGAAGACACGUGCACUGGGGUGAACGGUGUCCCCCCAGAAUCCAUGUCUGCCCGCAACCUCGCAGUGUGACCUAUGGCAUUGGUGUGGCCCUGCAUCCAAGGACAGUGACCUUAGAAGAGACAGAAGAGACACAGACACAGAGGAGACGCCCCGUGGAGACGGAGGCAGAGACGGGAGGGAGGCGGCCACCAGCCCAGGGAUGGACACCUGGAGCCCCCAGAAGCUGGAAGAGGCAGGAGGGACCCUCCCCUGGAGCCUCGGCAGGGAGCGCAGCCCUGGGACACCUUGACCUCAGACGUCUGGUCUCCAGGACCAGGGGAGGAUGGGUGCCUGUGGUCUUAAGCCCCUACCUUGGGGUCAUUUGUUACCGCUGCCCCAGGACACAGACACUGAAAUUCUGAGGCCGUGACUCUGGCCCCUGGCUGGGUGAUUGCAGGCAGCCUUGUGCCCAAUGCCGGCUCUGGGCGGGGCUGGGAGGGGGCGGUGCUUUGUGGAUCCAACCCUUUGGCUUAGAGGAGCAGCCUAGGGGUCCCCUCCGUCCCCCUCCACGUGUUUGCAGGGAGGCGAGAGACACCCUCCAGAGCCUUCGGAGAGACGGCUGGACACGCCCCUAAGAAAAGAGCCCAGCCUCCCAGGCCAGGGACAGGAAGAAAGCUGGUGUUCGGGACCCCCAUCGUCCACGGAGGGUGUGCCAUGGCCCGCUCUUCCCGACUGUCCCAAAGCCGAACCCUAGAAAGCCAAGCUGAGUUGGCAGCAGCCUGGGGGCGGAAACCCUGAGCCGUUGAGCCGCCCGCACCCACGCUCCGGGUGUGGGCCUCCGGCGUCUGAUGCUACAAAGCUGUGAAAAACCUCAAACCACCCUCACGGAGCCUUUCUCUGCUGCAGCGUGAAGAUGUGUUGCCGCCUGGAUUCAGCGGGAGCCGGCCUCGUGCGCAACCGCCUCCGCCGGCGGGCGUCACGUCCCUGCGGCCGUCCGGUCACGGGCCGCACGGCCCCGCCAGCCAAGGUCCGAGUUUUGCCACCACUGUCAGCACUACUUGGUUGUGUGGCCGGUCGGCCAGCCAUUAGGUCUGCGUCCUGGGGGCCCCCAGUUCCGCUGAAGUGACUGGGGGGGGGGGGUCCAACAGCAUCUUUCGAAUUGCUGGGAAUUUCCAUGCGGAAGCGGGGUGACCAUUAGUCUGUCCGAGGGGUCUGUCUGAUAACCUGAAAACUCCACGGCUGGACUUUUUGCUCCUGUUUCCAUUUUAAUAAUGGGGUGUGUGUGUGUGUGUAUGUGUGUGUGUGUUUUCCCCACACAGUUGCUCAAUGUGUUGACCAGGUAACUCUCCCGUAAGGAUAUGUGUGUACUUAAAUAGAGAUUAAAAAAAAGAAAAGA